UAAUAAACACAAUAAUAUCAAAAUAAACGUUUUAUAAACAAUUAAAACGUAUUCCCAACGUUGUUUAACAUGUAAUUAACGUGUUAAUCAAUUACAUAAGUUAACCUUAAAAUCGUCAGUUUUGUCAAGUGUUCUAUUGAAAUAGCUUAAGUGAAUAAACCAGAAUGUUCAAUAAUCCCUUUAAGAACUUUGAUAAGCCUGUACAGGGCACUGUGAUCAAAAGCACAGAAGAAACAGGAUGGGAUAGGGUCGUCACCAUGUUCACACCAAAUGAAUUCGGUGAGCUGAGUCCACAGUUGAACACAGUGCUGCAAGUCGGAUGCAUGAGCAUUUUCUCUGGUGCUCUGUACGGUGGAGUUUUGCACAGCAAGAGCGCCUAUCUGGAAUUCUUUAAAUACAAUCAAGCGACAGUUUUCAAAGAUCACAUUGAAGCAAAAAAACGUCUGCAGGAUAAGGUGACUUUAGGGUUUGGAAAGGGGGCUUUCAGAUGGGCCUGGCGUUUGAGUUUAUUCACAACUAGUUAUGUAGGGAUUUCUUCUGCUGUUGCAGUGUAUAGGGAUAAGACUGGUAUAAUGGAGCAUUUCGUGGCGGGAAUUUGCACGGGAUUGAUGUACAAGUUUAAUAUGGGACCUAGGGGAUGGUUGGUGGGAGGAGCUUUAGGUAUGGUGCUUGGAGGCGUGGCCGGUGGAUCAACUCUUGCAAUAUUAAAGUUAACCGGAAUGACGAUAGAUGAUGUCCGCGAAAGGAAUUCGGUUUUUGGAAAGAAACGCGUGGAGAAGUUUAACGAAGGCGUUAAAGAUUACAUGCAGAGGGAGAACUUGGAUAUAGUUAACGAAUACAAUAAACGCAUGGAGGUGGAGAAGGUGAAAAACAUCGAGAAACUCGACGAUAAGUAACCGAAAUAAAUCCGUUGAUUAGUCUUGUU